AUGAUCAUUCGAGAAAACUACAUUGGCAUGGACCCUAUCAAACUUAAAGGAAUUGCAGAAUGGCCUGAACCAAGCACGGUAAAAGGUGUUCGCUCUUUCCUAGGGUUUGGAAACUUCUAUCGGAAGUUUAUUGCCAACUUCUCGGAUAUUGCCAAACCAUUGACGAAUCUUACGCGCACUGCCGCUGGAUCUCCACCUUUUGAAUGGACAACAGAAUGUCAGACAGCUUUCGACACAUUGAAGCAACAAUUCAGUACCGCCCCAGUACUGUUACUGCCUGACAAGGCAAAACUCUUUAUUGUUGAAUCCGACGCUUCCAAGUUUGCUACGGGUGCAGUUUUACGCCAAGCCGAUAUCAAUGGAGACCUCCAUCCUUGUGCCUACAUUUCACAGACGCUCAAUCCAGCUGAAUGGAACUACGAAAUCUACAACCGCGAACUCCUCGGAAUCAUUCGAGCCCUCACUGAAUGGCGCCAUUAUCUUGAAGGCUCUCCCCAUCCCGUCGAAGUUUGCAGUGAUCACAAGAACCUCACAUACUUCCGUACAGCUCAGAAGUUAAACCGCCGACAAGCACGAUGGAGUCUCAAAUUAUCACAAUUUGAUCUUCACCUCAUCCAUGUCCCUGGCACUCAGAUGAUCCAAUCUGAUGCGCUCUCUCGUCGUAAUGGACUCGAUGACAGUGAAAGUGACAACGAAGAUCGCAUUCUUUUACCCAACGCACUAUUCGUGCGAUCCAUUUCCCCGACACUAUUCGACGAAAUCAGGAAUCACGCAGCAAAAGACCUCAUUGUUCACGAAGCCCUCAAAGCGAUUGCGCACAAAGGGCCAUUCCCCAUGAAAUCAUCGCUUUCCGACUGGGAAGUUCGCGAUGGUGUCAUCCUCUACAAGGGAAAGAUUUACGUUCCACCAUCCGAAACUCUUCGUCGUGACCUCGUUCGACUACAUCACGACUCCCCUGCCAUGGGUCACCCUGGAAAGUUCAAUACUCUUGAACUGUUACGUCGUGAAUUCUGGUGGCCCGGCAUGUAUACAUUUGUCUACAAUUAUGUUGAAGGUUGUGCCGCCUGUCAACAAAUGAAACCGAAUACUCAUCCAACUCGUAUUCCUUUGGAACCAAUUCUCGCUGACCCACACGCAUUACCAUUUUCCUGUUGCACCACCGAUUUUAUUACUGACCUCCCCGUUUCCAACGGUUUUGAUUCAAUUAUGGUCGUAGUAGACCAUGACCUUACGAAGGGGGUGAUUCUUACGCCCUGCCUCAAAACAAUCACAGCCGAAGGAACGGCCAAGAUUUUUCAUGACAAAGUAUACUCGCGAUUUGGAUUACCCAACCGAAUCAUCUCGGAUAGAGGACCUCAAUACGCAUCCAAGGUCUUCCAAGAGUUAAAUCGACUACUCCAGAUCAGAUCAUCAAUGAGCACAGCUUAUCACCCUCAGACGGACGGAGAAACAGAGCGAGUCAACCAGGAGCUGGAAAUCUAUCUUCGACUCUAUUGCGGAAACAACUCUGAAACAUGGGCCGACCGCCUGCCAGACCUCGAGUUUUGUCAUAACACAAGGGAACACUCGGCACGGAAGAUGAGCCCAUUCCACAUCAUGAUGGGAUACGAACCACGUGGACUCCCUUCCGUAUUUCCGACCACGAACAUUCCAUCGGUUGAAUCCAGGCUUGACAUGUUGCAGAAGAUAAGACUAGAAGCACUAGCCAUGCACGAGUUAGCCCGACAACAGAUGGCGGACCGAGUCAGACAAGGAUCGCCGAAGUUUACACUAGGACAGAAGGUCUGGCUAGACUCGAGGAACCUGAAGGUCAAUUACGCCUCGCGCAAGAUAGCACCAAAGCGUGAGGGGCCAUUCGAAAUUGUCGAAGUCAUCGGACCAGCCAACUAUCGUCUCAAACUCCCGAAGACCUGA